AGGUGGCUUUUGAAGUCCAACCUCGCACCCACCUAUCUUGAUUUUUUGUGUUAAAACCUUUAUAUUAAUGUAUGUGCGUGUAUUGUUCAUUGAAAUCAGUGUCCCUCUCAAUUAUCAACAGAACAGAAGGGAAAAUAGAAAAUGGGAUUGUACGCAACGGUGAUGGAUUCAAUCACGGAGUACAGUGGGCUAUCGCCGGCGGCGUUCUUCACCAUCGCAGCUCUGAUGGUGGUCGUCUACAAAGUUGUCUGCGGAAUGUUCGUAGCCGCCGGGGAUUACGCGGCCGUCAAAAGGACCAACAUCGACUACGCCCCGCGCGAGCCAGUCCAGCUCGGAGAUGUUACGGAGGACCAAUUGAGGGCCUAUGACGGUUCUGAUUCCAGCAAGCCCUUGUUGAUGGCCAUCAAAGGGCAAAUUUACGAUGUUUCUCGCUCUAGGAUGUUUUAUGGUCCUGGUGGACCAUAUGCCUUGUUUGCUGGUAGGGAUGCGAGCAGAGCCUUAGCUCUCAUGUCAUUUGACCCUCAAGAUCUUACUGGGAACAUUGACGGUCUCGGUGCUUCUGAGCUUGAAGCUCUGCAGGACUGGGAAUAUAAAUUCAUGGAGAAAUAUGUAAAGGUCGGGCAGCUUGUUGCAGAAAAAUCAACCACGGGGAGCACUGAAAGUGUGGAUAAAUUGCAGGAUAGUCAGAAACUCGAAGGAAGCUGAGCACCGCAGAGGCUAUAUAGAGUGUAAUUUUUUACCCAACAUUAAAUUGAUGGGAAGCUUGAUUUUUACACACAGUUUAUGCUUGCUAAACUGUAUCAUAUAUAUAUAAACAUAUAAUCGAUGUACUCUCAAAAUUCUGGUGUAUGAAUCAUGUAAGAAAUAAUUUUUCUCAAGAUUGUUCCUCGCUUGUCUCUGAGCGACAUAAAUGCAACUCUGAUGUUCUAGAGCCCCGAGGCAUAUAUGUAAAUGUUAGUUACAAAAUAAAUGGGGUUUCUAAAGUUAUUUCUAUUUUA